CUUGAAUCCUGCUUUUUUUUUCUUUCCCAACUCUGUUGACUCAACUCUGUUGCCUUUAUAAGGGAGAAGAUCAGCCCCUCAGGGUCCUAAAGAGCCUACACACAGUUCUGUGAAAGAGAUCAGAGAGUGAAAGAAAGAUGGCAGGGGAUUCAAGCCUGCUGGCUGCAGUCUCCCUUCUCUCUGCCUGUCAGCAAAGUUAUUUUGCUUUGCAAGUUGGACGAGUAAGAUUAAAAUACAAGAUCGCACCUCCAGCAGUCACGGGCCCUCUGGAGUUUGAGAGAAUAUUUCGCGCACAGCAAAACUCUUUGGAGUUUUAUUCCGUAUUCAUCAUAACGCUGUGGAUGGCUGGAUGGUAUUUCAAUCAAGUUUUUGCCACCUGUCUGGGUCUCCUGUACAUAUACGCCCGUCACAAGUAUUUCUGGGGCUAUGCAGAAGCCGCUGAAAAAAGGAUCACUGGUUUCAGGCUGAGCCUGGGCAUUUUGGCCUUGCUGACUGUCCUCGCUGUCCUGGGGGUAGCAAGCAGAUUCCUGGACGAAUACCUGGACUUUCAUGUUGCCAAGAAACUGAAGCGGCCCUUCUAAGUUUUUCUUCCCUCUCAUGCUUGUAGAGGCCUCGGCACCACUCUGAAAACAAUAUGAUGUCAUGUGUGAAAUAAAAACUUUUAUUUGUCUUGCUGUG